GUUUGACGAAGAUAAAACGGAAAGUGUCGAACUAGACCGUGUGGAGACAUAGGAGCUGUGAAAAAGGAAGGGAUCUGUGAGGACUUGAGGAAAUGUGUGCCGUGCUCGAUCACCCCAAAGCGAUGACGGCAUUCGCUCCUGUAACAACGGCCAUUCUAGCUCUGCGAUUCCGACGUGUGGACGAGCGUUCUGUUGGAAAACACACCGCCUCUCACACGCCCCAACACACACAGGCAGGCUGGCACGCUGCUUCUCCGGAACUCCUCCGACCCACGACCCGAGCUCCCUGCUCCGCUGCACCGCUCCGUCUCACUCCUGAUUGGCCGCAGCGCAUAGAGGCUGAAGCCAGCGAGUGCCGCGUCCCCCUCGCGCUCCGCCACAUGCUUUUGCCCCAGACGCCAAGCAGCAACCCCCGGCAGCCUUAGCGGCAGGAGCAGCAGGAGGAGAAGACUCCGUGUCCCCCCGCAACUCCGUCAGCGGGACCCGGUCGCUCUGCUGGCCCGUAGCUUCCGUGGAAGACGGCGGAGGGGUGGAGGUGCUUGGCACGGGUUGGAUCUUGGGUCCGGUACAAGGCAGGAGGAGGUGCAGGGAGAGGGACGAGAGGCAGGAAGGGGUUUGCAAGGUGUAAGGAAGAGAAGCAAGGAAGGAUACGGUCUUUCCUGGCAUCCUCGUUCUGGCUGAGGGGAGGAAAGAAAGAGAGCAAGCAGGCGAGAGAGUCCAGCAGAGGUAGGGGAGGCGCGGAGCGGCUGGCCGAGCCUGAGUGGACCGAAAGGAGGACUGGUCCCCUCGCCCCUUUGUCCUGCACACACCCCUCGGACCAGAACCGGAACUAUGAUGUACUUCUGGCCCGCCGCACCGGAGAGGAGGCGAACGGAGCCUGCGUCGGAGCAGCCACCUGCUAGCAAGCCGCGAGGAGUCAGGAGAGGCAGGGAUAAGCAGGGAGAGAGAGUGAGAGUGAGAGAGGGAGGAGGUUCCCCAGUAGGCGUGCACGGCAUCCCACCGCCCCAUGCUGUGCUCCACUGCCAACGUGGGCGCUUUGCUCCUCUCCGACGUUGGAGCGCUGCAGCACCCCCUCCUCUACAUCCCUGAGGGUAACCAGGAGGCCACAGCCCCCCCAGAGACGAUGGCUCAGCCGUACCCCCCCGCACAGUACCCCCCGCCCCAUCAAAGCAGCAUCCCGGCGGAGUAUGCGGCGGCACCGCACCAUCCCACAGCGGAGUACGGGUGCCAGAGCGCCGUAACCAUCUACACAGCCACUCCUACCGCCACACCCACUCUCGGCGAGCCACCUGUCACAGACCGCAGCGCUGCCACCUCAACGACAGAUGAUGUGACACAGGCAGAGGCCCCCCAGUCACUCCAGCUCCAGCUACAGCCACCAGACACCCCGGAGAAGCAGCAGCCUAAACGGCUGCACGUCUCCAACAUCCCAUUCCGGUUCCGCGACCCAGACCUGCGGCAGAUGUUUGGGCAAUUCGGAAAGAUUUUGGACGUGGAAAUAAUUUUUAACGAACGAGGCUCGAAGGGCUUCGGCUUUGUAACGUUCGAAACGAGCGCAGAUGCCGACCAUGCGCGGGAAAAACUAAACGGUACUAUCGUAGAAGGACGCAAAAUAGAGGUAAACAACGCAACGGCAAGAGUAAUGACUAACAAAAAAGUGGCAAACCCUUAUGCGAACGGCUGGAAGCUUAACCCGAUGGUUGGAGCUGUCUGCGGGCCUGAGCUGUACGCGGUAACUGGGCUCCCGUAUACGACGACAGGGACUGUAGCGCCAUACAGAGGCACCCAUCUGCGAGGGCGGGGUAGGGCUGUCUACAACGCAUUCCGCACUACGGCUCCGCCCCUACCCAUCCCAGCCUACGGAGCGGUGGUUUACCAGGAUGGUUUCUACGGGGCAGAAAUUUAUGGGGGUUAUGCAGCUUACAGAUAUGCAGCGCCUGCCACCGCUACCGCUUACAGUGACAGCUACGGCAGACUCUACGGAACGGGGGACCUGUACCCCCACUUGAUUGGCCCGGCCGCGGCCUACACCGUAGGAACUAUGUAAGAAGGAAAGGAAGCUCUGUUGGGUAAAGACUGUUGGAUCCCACAAAGAGGCCGAAACUGCAAGGAAGCGGGGGGCAGGGGCCA